UUACGCAGUAAUUUCGCAUCAUAAAUUAUAAUUUUAAAGUAAAAUACGAAUAUAUUGUGAAUCAUGAGUGAUAGUGAUAGCGAUAAGAAUGAUAAGAAGGACUCGGAUUGUACCAAGUCCUGGCGUGACUGCGACAGCGAUGGCGCCAGCAGCGGAGACGAAAGAUCUGGAAUUUUGGAUAGUGCCGCAAUGGAAAAGAUACGUCAGUAUUUCUCGCAGGCGUUGAAUUUAAGCACAAACACGAAUUUAAAUAGCGACGAAGCAGCUGUGGAUAAGGUAAUAUCUGACUUGACCUUUGAAGGUCUUUGCAAGCACUGGCGUGAGCAUGGCUUCAAGAAAAUUGUUACUAUGGUGGGCGCAGGAAUUUCUACAUCUGCUGGAAUACCUGAUUUUCGGUCUCCAGAUACUGGGUUGUACAACAAUUUGAAGAAAUACAAAUUGCCAAACCCCACCGCCAUUUUUGACGUCCAAUAUUUUGAGAAUCACCCACAGCCAUUUUUCGAGCUUGCUAAAGAGCUGUAUCCGGGCUCAUUUUCGCCCACUCCAUCGCAUUUCUUUGUACGGCUUCUACAUGAGAAGGGUUUGCUCCAGCGUCACUAUACCCAAAACAUAGAUACUUUGGACCGGCUGGCCGGAAUACCCUCUGAAAAAAUCGUUGAAGCACAUGGUAGCUUCUAUACUAACCAUUGUUUGAAUUGCUCUAAGGAGUACGAUAUGGCCUGGAUGAAGGCUAAAAUCUUCACGGAUGAGCUUCCUAAGUGCGAGGGAUGCAAGGGACUUGUAAAGCCCGACAUUGUAUUCUUUGGCGAGAACUUGCCCCGUAUAUUCUAUGAUUCGCCCGACAUUGAUUUUGAGGAGUGUGAUUUGCUUAUCAUAAUGGGUACAUCCUUGGAGGUGCAGCCGUUUGCUUCGCUUAUCCGCCGCGCCGGUCCGCGUUGCAUUCGCCUGUUGAUUAAUCGAGAUGCUGUCGGAAGACCAAGCUUGGCAUCGUGGCUGGACUCUAAGGAUAAUGCUCUACUCUAUGGCACACCAGAAAAUAUACGUGAUGUAGCCUUCCUAGGGGACUGUGAUGCUGGCGUUCGCGAACUGGCUGAAGCACUAGGCUGGGGUGAAGAUUUGCAGAAAUUAAUCAACGAAGGGAAAAAAGCAGACCCACUGCAUGUCAACGAAACCAAGUCCGAUGUGGAUAAGCUUGAGAGCGAACCAACCAAGAAUUAAGUAGGAUAGGCUAAGUAGGAUUUUAGAACGAUUUUGACUGGUAUAUUGAAUGAAUGGGAGGGCUAUGUCUAUGUGUUAGUUAUUGUUGAUUAGUAUUUAUGUAUGCUUAAUGUGCAAUAUGUAAACUAGCUUGUGCAACAUUAAAAUGUUCAUCAAUAUACAUAACUAUGCAACUGUACAACUGUAUGC